AUGCUAAACUGAAGUUCUUUUCUUCGACCUGGUCGUUUAUAGGAUAUAGCCCACAUUACUGUUUAGUAUAUACAUAUAAUAUAGCAAAGCGUGAUGAAGUUGAAGCUGUUUUGUUUGCUGCUGGUUGCAUGGGGUGGCAAAACUGUUCUAGUUAUGGAAAAACCUGAAACAGAACAAUUGCCAUCAAUAAAGUUGAAAGUGACAGACAAAGGGUUAAAUUUUAUAAAAGAUGCCGGCUUGGCAUUAGCAAUGAAGCAGGUCAAGGAUAUUAAAUUGCCGGAUCUAUCUGGUAAAGCUAGUACGCCAAUUGGGAAAGUCAAAUACUCGCUUUCUGGAUUGAAAAUCAACAGUUUUACUUUGGGAACAAGUAAAAUCACUACUGAAGCGCCGAGAACUAUUCGCCUUAUCCUACAAAAUGCAUUCCUACAGUUAAACGGCAAUUGGAGAUACAAAUAUCUUUUUAUAAGCGAUCACGGGUCAUUUGAUGCAAAAGCGAAUGGUAUCUCAGUUAACCUGGCAAUCAGUGUGGGCAUGGACGGGUUGGGCAAACCAUCGGUUAAAACUGGCAGCUGCAGUUCAAACAUUGGUAGCAUUUCUUUAAAAGUACAUGGAGGAGCAUCCUGGCUUUAUAAUCUGAUUCUCAAGGCUAUGAAUGGCAAUAUUAAACAUAGUGUCCAGAAACAAAUUUGUCCCGCCAUUACAAAAGCGAUAAACAACCAAGCUGAGAAAGCUUUGUCCAAACUAAACGUUAAAAUUCCGUUUUUGAGGAACCUUGUCGUUGAUGCGUCACUAACUCAUGCACCGUUGGUAACUUCUCAGUCUAUCCAGCUCCUCGCUCAAGGUCGUUGCUUCCCAAAAAGUAACCCGAACAUAAAAUUCCCAUUCUUGCCCACCGUGAUAUCGGUUCCGCCAGGCACAGAUCAGAUGACUGACGUAGUGAUAGGCGAAUUCCUGUUCGAAACUUUGGGAUACUCACUAUGGAGUGAAAAUGCGCUCGAUAUAUGGAUCACAAACGAUAUGCUUCCUAAAAAGUAUCAAAACGUGACAGCAGAUAUGUUUGCGGCCUUCAUUGCUGGUUUCUCUAAAUUCAAAGGAAGGCCACUCCAGUUUCGAUUAAAUGUUACAAAACCACCUAAGUUCGACAUUGGUCCUGGAGUGAUUAAAGUCACAGUAGAACUGGACUUUCUAACGUACGUUUUAUUGAAGAACAAAACAAAACUAUUGGCGAUGAACCUACACGCGGCUACCAAAGCGUCUGGGAACUUGGCAGUAAGCAGUGAAAAGUUUACAGCUUCCGUGUCGAGCAUGUCUGCAACUGUUUCGGCCAAAAGUUCAGUAGUAGGAAAACUCCCGGUCACUCUUUUGAACUUUUUGCUUCCUGGAGCUCUACGCUCUUAUGUCAUUCCUGCCGUCAACAAGAUAUUGCAGAAAGGUUACCCGCUACCUACCAUUACAGGGGUCUCAUAUGUGACUCCAAAGUUACAGCUCGUUCAGGGGGCCUUGGUCGGAAACUGCGACUGGAAAAUUGCAACCUAAAUUAGCACAAUCAUGGGGAGUAUGAUACCAACAUACUACAACUUAAAAGUUGUGUUAAUUUUAGCCGUUGAUUUUUUAAAAAUGCAUUUUAAUGAAAGGCUGUUACAUUUUUGAUUGGAACCAAAUCAAUAUAUAGUAGGGUGGGGAAAGAUGGAACACCUUUUCGUUUAGUUUUCUCUUUUCAUUUGGUAGUAACCAAAGAACAUUCAAUGAAUUAUAAAACCGUAUCUUCACGACUUCCACAGACCGUUGUUAAUUGUUUAAAACACGAUCAGGAUAUUUGGAUAUAAGGUGUUAAAGGUGUCCCAUCUUCUCCAACUCUACUAUAUUUUAUAAACGUUUAAAAAUGUUUUUAGAUUUUGAAUUGUUUAAUUACUUAUUGAUCAAAUAUUUUUCAAUGGGAGUUUUAAGCACCAAACCAUGGAUAGCAUUUGAUGCAACUUUUUAAGUUGACCCUGAUCAUAUAAAUUUUAGUGACCAACACGGCUGACGGCAUAAUUAACAAGUAAUUUACACCAUUAACAUAAAACGAAUUUUUCCAUACACGCAUUUUUAUACAAUAUUUGGUAUUUAUACGUGCACAUUCAUUAAUACUUAGCUCUCUCUAAGUCGAAUACGAAAUACUAGCAUCAUUACACUUAUUUUUAUUUUUAUGUUAUUUUCAAAACUCGUUCGAUGCCCGGUAAAGAAAACAUUUCUGUUCCGCCAUUUUCGCUCUUAACUUCGUAUGUAUAGUAGGAAAACGAUCUUCGAAUUAUGUCUUUUACUUUUUCGCUUUGAAUCAUUUCAUCAAUUAAUCCGUUUAGUUUA